AUGAAUGCAGUGAGGCCUGGUCUUCGUAGUUCUGUAGUGUAUGCAUCUGAUGCUAGGAAUGUGUGGCUAGAUCUAAGAGAAAGGUUUGACACUGUGAAUGGAUCCAGAAUAUUUCAGUUACAUAGGGAGAUUCAUUCUCUCACUCAGGGUACAAUGUCAAUUCCUGACUAUCACUCAAGGCUAAGAGACCUUUGGGAUGAGUAUGAUGCUAUCAUGCCAUGUCCAAGUUGUCCAUGUUCGGAGUCAAAAAAAUUUGGUGAACACUGCGACUAUCAAAGGCUUCUGCAGUUUCUAAUGGGGUUAAAUGAGUCAUAUUCCCCUCCUAGAAGUUCGAUCUUAAUGAUGAGUCCAAUUUCUUCACUAAAUAAAGCUUAUGCAAUGCUGAUUGAUCAAGAGAGUCAGAGAAAUCUGGCAAGCAAUAGUUCCAGUGGUUCAGGGCUGAUAGAACGCACAACAAUGGAGCAGUGCUACAAAAUAGUUGGAUACCCUGCAGAUUUCAAGUCCAAGAGGAAACCUCUGAAUACUGUGAUGUAUGCUAAUAAGGUGGAUCUUCCUCCUAAUCUUGGACAAGAGACCAUAAGAUGUAGCAACAAAGGGAAAAAUGCCUCAGGAACAGGUCCACACACUGGUGCUUUUUUCACUUCUGCUCAGUAUCAACAAAUUCUCCAACUGCUUUCCAAACCUGGUGGUGAGAACACAACAGAGCCAUGUGCAAACAUUGCUACUACUGAUGAUGCAAACAAAGCUAGGGAAGUUUAUGCUCAAGGAGACAGUAAGGUACAUUUACCAAAUGGUAAAGUUGCAGCAGUCACUCAAAUUGACCUCUCCACUGGUCUGGUAAAGGGGAUUGGUAAGGAGGAACAUGACUUAUACAUACUACAAGAGGGACCAAGUCAAGCUCCAAAUAAGCAGGUCAAUAGUAGUAAGCAUGUUCAACUACCUAUGUCUGUCAACUCUGUUACUCAAUCUGAGUCUAGUAGUAGUAUAUGGCACAAAAGACUUGGUCAUGCACUUAUUGAUGUAAUAAAGAGGCAUGAGUGUCUCAAGGCAUUAAAGAAGUUCCUACAUAUAAUGGCAAGAGGUUUUUUUGUGACAAUUGUGGAUGACUUUAGCAGAUACACUUGGGUGUUUUUAAUUGCAUCUAAAGCUGACACUAUAGUAGUACUCAAACACUUUCUCAAGCAGGUUCAAAAUGUAUUCUCCACCACUAUGAAAACACUGAGGACAUAUAAUGGCUGUGAAUUUUUCAGUGGUGAGGUUCAAACAUUACUAAGUGACCUUGGCAUUGCCCAUCAGAGUACUUGUGUUUAUACACCACAACAGAAUGGUAUUGCUGAAAGAAAGCAUAGAACAAUCCCUACCAUGACCAGAUCACUGAGGUUCAAGCUUCAAUACCUCUCAAGUACUGGGGUCACUAUUUUUGGGUGCUUGUUUAUGGGAUGUUCAUCCACUAAAAAAGGGUAUGUCCUAUAUGACAUUCAUGCUCAUAGUUUCUUUGUAAACAAACAUGUGGUGUUUCAUGAAGAGUUAUUUCCAUUUAAGCACAUGCAAGCUUCCUCAGAACCACUCUUUCCAGUUCUUGAUAUUGAACCACCUGUUGAUAUUUGUUCAUCUGAGUCUGUAGUACCUUCAGUAGUACCUCCUUCUGAACCUCCUAUAACAUCUCCUACAGUUUCAUCACACCAUAGUCCACUACCACCUCAUUCAACAGUUUCUCUCCCGGUUAUUCAUUCUAAGGUUUCUGUUACUUCUUCAAAAAGAUCAGGCAAACUAAGUAGACCCUCUCUAUGGCUGCAGGACUUUGUAACUAUGCCCAAAACCUAUAAUUGUCUCUAUCCACUAGCAGCUCAUCUCACUUAUUCUCAUUUGUCCCUCUUUUAUAGACAUACUCUGCAUGCUUAUUCAUCUAUUUCUGAGCCUGCAUCAUUCAAAGAGGCUGCUGCUGAUUCUGCUUGGGUAAAAGCUAUGGAUUUGGAGAUUGCAGCUCUAGAAGCUAAUAACACUUGGAGCAUUGUUGACCUCCCUCUUGGUAAAAUACCUAUUGAGUGCAGGUGGAUCUAUAAGAUCAACUUCUUGGCCUCAGAGGCAGUAGAAAGGUUCAAAGCAAGAUUUGUUGCUAAGGGGUUCAGUCAGAGGAAGGGUCUUGAUUAUGGUGAGACAUUCAGUCCAGUAGCAAAGAUGGUAACGGUGAGGUUUGUGGUUGUUUUGGCUGCAUCUAAAGGAUGGUACAUUUAUCAGAUGGAUGUGCACAAUGCUUUCCUUAAUGGUGAUCUAAAUGAGGAGGUGUAUAUGGAGAUUCCUAGUGGCUUUGCAAACAAGGGGGAGAGCAUGAAGGCUAAUGGUAACAUUGUGGUAGUGCUAGUAUAUGUGGAUGAUCUUCUAAUCACUGGUAGCAGCCCUCAACAGUUAUGCAACACUAGGAAGAGAAUCCAAACCAACUUCAAAAUGAAGGAUCUAGGAGAACUCAAAUUCUUCCUAGGUAUUGAGUUCUCUAGAUCCAGCAGGGGUAUUUUAAUGACACAAAUGAAGUAUGCUUUGGAACUCAUCUAUGAGUUUGGGCUAGGAGGAGCCAAACCUGCCUACACACCACUAAAAAUGAAUCAGAAACUCAUUUCUAUUAAGUAUGAUGAGCAUGUGGAUAACACAGGGCCUAAAAGUGAUGAUCUACUUAAAAAUCCUGCAGAUCCCACUGCCCUAAGAGCGGUGAGAUACAUCAAAGAGGCUCAUGGUUUAGGACUGUUAAUGCCAGCCAAACAAACUACACAACUAACUGCCUACUGUGAUUCUGAUUGGGGAGCAUGUGUGGAGACCAAGAGAUCUGUUACAGGAUAUCUAGUAAAGUUUGGAGAUGUUUUAGUAUCUUGGAAAUCCAAGAAGCAAGAAACAGUGUCAAAAAGUUCAACUGAGGCAGAGUUCAGAAGCAUGGCUACUUGUUCAACAGAGAUUACUUGGUUGUUAAGCCUAUACAAAGAGCUGGGAGUAUGUAUAAAUCUGCAUGUACAUAUGAUGUGUGACAGUAAGGCAGCUAUUCAAAUAGCUGCCAAUCCAAUAUUCCAUGAAAGAACCAAACAUAUAGAUAUUGAUUGCCACUUUGUGAUGGAAAGAAUUUGUCAAGGAAAGCUGAAAACAGAACAUGUUAACAUCAAACAUCAACUAGCUGAUUUGUUGACUAAAUGGCUGGGAAAUGAACAACACAACUGGUUGAUAAGCAGACUUGGAAUGACAAAUGUAUUUCAACCAUAA